UUUGGACGUCGAUUCAGACAUUAACAGACAUAAACUGGAAAAAAAAAACCUUAAUUUCAGGGAACCAGAAACCACUCAAGAGGAAGUAAAAACGACGACGAAGACGGAGAAAUUAACCUAGAAAGAGAAAUGGCAAUCAUGGAACAGAAGAUUAGCAAGAAGACUGAGGCAUGCACUCAAGAUGGAAGCGUGGACCGACCCGGCAACCCAGCCAUUAGAAGCAAGACUGGAACAUGGCUUUCUGCAGUUCUUAUACUUGUGAAUCAAGGGCUGGCAACGCUCGCCUUCUUCGGAGUAGGAGUGAACUUGGUCUUGUUCUUGACGAGGGUUAUGGGACAAGACAAUGCAGAAGCGGCCAACAGUGUCAGCAAAUGGACAGGCACUGUCUAUAUAUUCUCCUUGCUCGGAGCUUUCCUCAGUGAUUCCUACUGGGGAAGGUACAAGACUUGCUCCAUCUUUCAAGCCUUUCUGGUCGCUGGAUUGGUAUUGUUAUCAGUAUCGACACAAGCAUUCCUACUCAAGCCAGAAGGCUGCGGAGGUGAGGAGACACCUUGUGGCUCCCACUCUCGUUUCAAGACGGCUCUGUUCUAUUUUUCGGUGUAUCUGAUAGCGUUAGGAUACGGCGGUUAUCAGCCAAACAUAGCGACCUUUGGGGCUGACCAGUUCGAUGCCGAGGAUCCCAAGGAAGGAUACUCGAAAAUAGCCUUCUUCAGUUACUUUUACUUGGCUUUGAACCUGGGCUCUCUCUUCUCGAACACGGUGUUAGGGUUCUUCGAAGAUCAAGGGCGGUGGCCGCUAGGCUUUUGGGCGUCGGCUGCGUCUGCUUUUGCGGGUUUAGCCCUUUUCUUGACCGGCACUCCAAGAUAUAGACAUUUCGUGCCCAAGGAGAGUCCUUGGUCCAGGUUCUGUCAAGUCUUGGUUGCCGCAACAAGAAAGGCCAGGAUUCAUAUGCCCCCGAGCACGGAUCUGCAUGGCGUGAAUCUCUUCGAAACGGAGACUCAGCGUACUGGAGACAGGAAGAUACUUCAUACUCAAGGUUUCAGAUUCUUGGAUAGAGCUGCAACCGUUAUGCCGGACGAUGAAAUUGACAAAGAAUCGAGUUACGAUCCGUGGAAACUUUGCACAGUAACGCAGGUGGAGGAAGUGAAAUGCGUUCUGAGACUCCUUCCAAUCUGGCUCUGCACCAUUCUCUACUCGGUCGUUUUCACUCAGAUGGCCUCCCUCUUCGUCGAGCAAGGCGCAGUCAUGAAAACCACCAUUGCAGACUUCCACAUUCCACCCGCGAGCAUGUCAAGCUUCGACAUUCUCAGCGUAGCCUUCUUCAUCUUCGUGUACAGGCGAGUUCUCGACCCAAUAUUCUCAAGACUGAACAAGACCGAGCCCAACAAGGGAUUAACUGAGCUUCAGAGGAUGGGAAUAGGGCUCGUGAUCGCGGUAAUGGCAAUGAUAGCGGCGGGAGUUGUGGAAAUAUUCAGGCUGAAACACAAGAACACGAGUGAGAGUUCUCUGAGCAUAUUCUGGCAAGUGCCUCAGUACGUAUUGAUCGGCGCGUCGGAGGUGUUUAUGUACGUCGGCCAGCUCGAAUUCUUCAACGGGCAAGCUCCCUCGGGGCUGAAAAGCUUCGGGAGCGCUCUCUGUAUGACGUCGAUAUCGCUGGGGAAUUACGUCAGCAGCUUGUUGGUAUCUAUAGUGAUGAAGAUCUCGACAAGAGAUGAAAUGCCCGGUUGGAUUCCAGGGAAUCUCAACAAAGGCCAUCUUGAAAGAUUCUUCUUCCUCUUAGCUGCUCUAACCACAGCUGAUUUCGUCGUCUAUCUCAUCUGUGCGAAAUGGUACAAAUACAUAAAGUCCGAACCGACAUUCAUCGAGGCUGUCUGAUUUCAAAAAAAAAAAAAAACAUUUUGUUCUUCCGAGUUCUUGUAAGAUUUGUGGGCGGUGAUGCUCUUCAGACAUUUUUGUGUCAAAAGAGUUGAGCCAUAUGGUAAUGGUAAUGGUGUGAUAUUGUCAUGUAAUGUAAACAAUCCUGCUUAUAACGUUACAUUCGUUGCUUA